GUAUUUUACUUUUUUUUUUUUUACAUUUUUUUAGACAAUGGGAAAAAAAAUGUGAAACUUUUACCCCCAGUUCACACCUAUGCGGCCGUGUGGGCUGAGUUUUGCUCAGGCAUGAGAGCCCAUUCAUUUGAAUGGACUCCUGUGCCCGUGACACGCAGGGAAGAAGUCCCUGCACUACUUUUGAAAAUGCAGCCGAGGUUCCCAGUACGGUUGCGUUUUCCAGUGCAGGAGGCGUGCCAUUAGAACUAAUGGCACCCACCCACAGGUCCGCAAUUCUCUGUGCGGGUGGUGCGGCUGCAUGGAUUUUCAUGCAGAUCCGCAGCAGCACCACCCGCACAGAUCUGA